GAUUGCAACAAUAAAAUUUAUAUCGAUUAACUAUCUCUGAUUUUCGUCUGUUUUUCAGAGGAAUGCUUACGCCGCUUGAAGUUCAGAAUAUGUAUUAUCCAAUAAGACUUCUCACGCCCCUUUAAAUCGAUUUUGAGAGCUGAAGAAACCACAUGGAUGCGUUCUCGUUAUCUGCCUGCCAAGUGUUAAAACAGUGGCAGAUUUGUCAAACACGUGUUUGACAUAAAAUAAAACUUUCUGGGCCUGGCAUCCGAUUGCUGAUCUUAUUCUGGACUCCGAGGAACAAAUAAACUGAUACAUUGAUCUGAAACACAGCCUGAGCGACAAGUAAUGACAAGGGAAGCAUCGAUACUUAUACCUUUUCUUUUAGCGUUUGGAUAUUCUGCAUCAAAUGCUUUGCCGAUACAGUUUGAUUCAACACCCGAAAACAUCAGUGGAAUAGCCGGGACAACAGCCAUUUUACCCUGUAUUGCCGACCUUACAGAUGCAGACCCUAAAAGAGAGAUAACUUGGAUGAGCCCUAGGGAAACCCUUAUAGCCAUUGGUGAUAGGCGCAUAAUAGAUGAUACCCGGAUGUCAAUCGAACGCCCUCGUGUGCCAGAUUGGAACCUUCAUAUACGUGAAUUGCAGUUUUAUGAUAGAGGAACUUACACCUGUUCACUCAACACAAAACCAAUGAGCACGAAAAAAAUUUAUUUGGAAGUAUACGUAGAACCACACAUCUAUGAAAAACCACGUAAUACGCAACAGUUUUUAAAGGAGGGGGAGACCGCUAAUCUGACCUGUAAUGCCACUGGAUACCCAGAACCAACAAUCACGUGGUAUCGAACGACUAUCUCAGAGAAAGAAGCGAUAAGUCAACAAGGCUCCUUCUUAAUGAUACACAACAUAACUCGUUACUGCAGUGGAGCGUAUGAAUGCGAAGCUUUUAACGGAAUAGGACCAGCAGUCUCUAAAGUGUUCUCCAUCAAUGUACACUUUCAACCAGAAGUGCAAGUAUUGAAUAAAAAACAAAAGCAAGAUUUGGGAAAGGAAACUAUUUUGCAGUGUGAAAUAUCAGCAUCACCACAGGCAAUAGUAAACUGGAGAAAAGGAGGAAACGUUUUUACUGCCAACAGCUUUCACAGAAUAACGUCAGAAAUCUAUGAAAAAGAUUAUUACACCACUGUUCUUCGUCUCCGAAUUCAGAAUCUAACUUGGAAUGAUUUUGGAGAGUACAUUUGCGAAGCAAGUAAUAUUCUCGGAAGAGAUCUAGAAAGGAUGCAACUUUUUCCAAUAAAUGGUAUUAAAGCUUCACCACAGUCAGCGAAAGAUGACAGGAGUGAUUCAAAGACGAUCAUAUUCGACUUCAGCUCAAGUUCAACUAGUCAUCAGAAGUUACCGCUUUCUCCCAAAGACCAGAUCCUUGUUAAAAACCCAAAUUCAAAAGCCUAUGGAAUAGUGCGUGGUACCUCAAGUAGUUCAGCAGAAGCAGAUGCGAUGUUCCAUAUUUUUGAAUGUUCAUUUGUAAUUGUCCUUGUUCUUAUAAGUCAGUUGUUUUAUGUUUAGCUAUAAGCUAUUUUUAAAGAAAACGGACGGACGUUGACAUUUCAUAUUUUAUAUGUCUUUAAUAAUUUUUGACAAUUUAUCAGUUGUGAUAAAUUUGAGAGUUAGUGUAUAUAAUGUAAAUACGAAUUUCAUUAAACUUGUUUUAAAUUUUA